AUGUCACAACUCUUGCUCCGAUUAUUCCAAAGUGAACAUUUCAAUAGUUCGAUGGCAAUAUCCUACUUAUUUAAAUAUCCUGAUUCAGUUGGAAUUCAACACUACUUAUGCAAUGAACUCAAGAAAUUUCCAAUGUCAGAGAUCGAAUUCUUUUUGCCUCAGUUAUGCCACUUGCUCGUUUGUCGAACUACUGAAUCGGUCGCAUUGGAAUUUUUUAUAUUAGAAAAUUGCGAAAAGUCAAAACAUAUGGCUAUACUGACUUUAUGGUAUUUUCAAGCAUACCUCUCGGAUUUAUCCUCUAAUCCAUCCUCACCUGCCUUUACCGUCUGCAAAAGGGCCAUAAACAAAUGCCAAUCAAUAGUAUUUGAAGGGACUCAAAGCGAUGAUCAAAAAUCCAUUACUGAUCCUGGAAUAUCCUCUAAAAAAGUUAAGGAAAACGUUCUUCCGGCUCUUGUUGGAAUUGGUGCCAUGGUUGCCGGUAUAUUCGCACCAUCUUUAAUGAAAAGUGCUGGCCAAAUUGCUAUAGCACAAGGUAGAAGAGCAAGAGGUUUUGAAAUCAAUCUAGAAAAUCUUCCACCAUCUGAUGAUAAUGAUGAGUUACAAAAGCACGAAAUUGGUUCAACAUAUUUAUCAACUGAUGAUGACUCAAAUACAGAUGAACAAUUUAAUCAAAAAUCAGUAAAAUUUUCAAAAAAAAAUCUUUUAAGGUCUUCAUCUUCAUCUUUUCCUCAUCGUAACGGAAUAAAUCUAAAGCCUUUAACAUCUCCAUCACUUGAUGAUUUGCAUAAAGGAAGUUUGAUGAGAAGAAAUAACAAGUUUAGACCGCAAUCUGUAGAUCUUACAACAAACUUUAAAAAAAAAUUCUUUUUUAACGAGGUUGUUGACAAUGACGAUGAAAUAUUCACAGUUUAUCGUACCUCGACAGAAUUCUCUGAUGACGCCUUGCUUGAUGAAAUAGAAGAAUAUGGCCCAGAAAGACAAAGGCGUCUUCUCAAAGGAAAUUACUUCAAUUCAGAAUUGCAGUUCUUAUUAGCUUUGCAAGAUAUUUCUUCAAGAUUAAUUAUUGUUCCAAAAAAAGCAAGGCAAAGUGCUUUAGAAGCAGAAUUAACCAUAUUAAAUCACAGUUUACCAGCAGAAAUUUGUAUACCAUUAUGGUGUCCCGCUUCCUCCGAAAAACCAUAUCAUCACCGAGUACUUAGGAUAUCUCCAUCUGAUGCAGUAGUUUUAAAUUCAGCAGAACGGGUACCUUACUUGUUAAUGGUAGAAGUUCUUGAGGGUGAAAUGAAUUUUGAUAUGGCUAAAUUACAAAGGCAAAAAUCCUUGCAUCGUCUUUUUCACGAAGAAAAGUCAAAACGUCUAUCAAUCGAGCUUCCCCCCGCGGCUACUGAUCCGAAGCAAACUCAAGAUGAUAACACUGAAAUUGAUACUGAAAUUCCCUCUGAAAGUAUUAAGAAUCUUCAAAAUGGCGACGAUAAUGAAAACCAAAAUGAUGAAAUAACUAUUUCACCAACGUUAUCGGCACCACUGGGAUUAGCCACAUCAUCAAAGUCUUCUAAAAGAACCGCGUCGAUUGAUAAAUUAAUUAUGUCAGCACCUAAUUUAAAUACCAUUGUUGAAUCUGAUUCUAAUGAUGAUCCAAUUUCAAUUCCCUCUGAAACAUCGUUAACUAUUUCAUAUACGCCUACUUCUCCAACACUUCCUGAAUCGAAUAGUGAAUACUUAAAAGAAGUCAUAAAUCGUAGACAGUCAAAUUCAGCUGAUGAAUUUGCAGAAAAAAUGCGUACUGCCGCUGCCAAAAGCAAAUACAGAGGCAAUCCGCCAAAAGAUUUUUAA